AAUCUUGCUCAGACAAAAAGGAGGGGAACCGACAGCCGCUUGGCACCGGGCCGGUCCAGGUCCACCCCACCCGAGACAGAGACCAACCGCCGCUGCCCCAUCUCCGGAGUCCCGCUCCUAAAACCCCGCCAGCCAGCGGUGCCGCCGCCGGUGACAUGGACGACGGCGACACUCCCAGACGCAAAUCCGUCCCAGAUUGGCUGAACAGCCCGAUCUGGUCUGCGCCUCCGCCGUCUCCACGCCACAGCUCCCUUCCCCCCACGGCACCGUCCCCCCCUCAGCCGCCACCAUCUCCUCUGCCCCCUCCCCAGCCACGGCGGGAUCCGACUCCCAUCCCUCCUCCCAACGCCCCACGCGACGCCGAUGUUUCAGACGACGAAGGCAAGGGCGCGGGCGCCCCGUCGUGCGCCCACCUCGUCGCUGAGUUCAAAGUCGCGCUGGAUAGGAAGGUGGUGGAUCUGGCAGAGCUCCGGAGGCUCGCAUGCCAGGGCGUGCCCGACGCCGCUGGUAUUCGGCCCAUCGUCUGGAAGUUAGCAGCUUCUCUUGGGAUAUGUGCCAACUGAUCGUGCUCUAUGGCCGUAUGAACUGGAGAAAAAGAGGUCCCAAUACUGUGAUUUCAAAGAUGAACUUCUGGUUAAUCCUAUUCAUUAAUUUGUUUAUUUUGAGGAAGCCUUUUGUUCCUUUAUCCAACUCUGUAGUAAUACAUUUAUGCUCUGGUCAGUCAGAAGUUACUCGAAGAAUGGAGGAAAUGACAGCUUCUGAAAGAGAGGAACAUAAUGCUGAAGGCACCGGUGUGCUACCAAGGGCGGAAAUCGUUCGUGAUGAGCAUCCUCUAAGCCUUGGGAAAACUAGUGUUUGGAACCAAUACUUCCAGGAGUCUGAGAUUGUAGAGCAGAUUGAUAGAGAUGUUAAGCGCACUCAUCCGGAGAUGGAAUUUUUCAAUGGGGACUCUUCAGAUUCGCUGUCUAAUCAGGAGUCACUAAAGCGUAUACUUACAAUAUUUGCAAAAUUGAAUCCGGGUAUAAGAUAUGUACAAGGAAUGAAUGAGGUUUUGGCACCUCUCUAUUAUGUUUUCAAGAAUGACCCUGACCAAAGUCAAGCUGCUUUAGCAGAGCCAGAUGCCUUCUUCUGUUUUGUCGAGCUGCUUAGCGGGUUCCGAGACAACUUUUGCAAGCAACUUGACAACAGCGUGGUUGGCAUACGCUCCACAAUUACUACACUAUCACAGCUUCUGAGAAGACACGACGAGGAACUCUGGCGGCAUUUAGAAGUUGUAACCAAGGUCAAUCCACAGUUCUACGCAUUCAGAUGGAUCACCUUGCUGCUAACGCAGGAGUUCCAGUUCCGUGACUGCCUCAGCCUGUGGGACACACUGUUGGGCGACCCAGAGGGGCCUCAGGCUACGUUGUUGCGGGUCUGCUGCGCGAUGCUAAUUCUUGUCCGGAGAAGGCUCUUGGCUGGCGAUUUCACUGCGAAUCUCAAGCUUCUCCAGAACUACCCACCCACAAACAUCGACCACAUCCUACACAUUGCUAACAAGCUGCGAGGACCGCUUCCUUUCUGACCAGUUGGAUCCCUUGCGUACUUUGUUACCGUAUACGGUUUUGUGCUAGACUAUGUUUAUCCAGGGAAAGAAAGCUGCGUUAAGAACUCUUUUAAAAUGAACCUACAAAGCAACAGUUGGUUCUCGUGUAGUUUCCGUUCCGGCUUUAUGCCGGAAUCUGGAUGCCCGUGCGGCUUUGCUGUUUGUGAAUGUCGACUGAACGAGUGCCCUGCA